GAGCGAUUUGAUUUACUUACUUGGUAUAUAACACUCGAAUUUGGUCACACAGAAAAUCAGAAGAGUAACACAGUACAAGUACAACAAAAACAAUGGAGUCUCUUCCCCAUAAUAAAAUUGACACUCCAUCGUCCCCUUCACCUGAAAUGUUCUCUUUUCCGGGAACGCCGGCCGACGAUCAAUCGGAAUUCGAGUUCGGGUCGUGUGUAACACUAGAUUCACCAACCACGGCCUCUAGUGACGUCACCAAAAACAACUUAUCACUUGAUGACUACUCUACUACCAGUACCUCCCCAGCUGAUCAAUUCUUCCUCAACGGCCGCCUCCUUCCGCACGACUUUCCUGUCGUGCAGACAACAAGCAGCAGCCGGGCCUCAUUCUCUGGACGAGAGAACAUGGGCCCGGCUGCUGUUGUCACCCUGUCCCUAUCUAGAGGGACAAGCGCCGGGAGUGUUAGCAGUGGAAGUAGUAGUCAACACUGCAGUAGCAAAGAUUACUCUCUAGUAUCUUCUAGAAGUAAUAGCACCAACAGCAGCAGCGGAGGUAGCACGUGCGCCAGUACAAGUAGCAUUGCUAGGACUAGCUGCAGCGAGGUUAAUUCCGAGAGGAAAAUGUUACAGAAGAGGAUGCAUAGUGUAAAGGAAAAAAGCGUUUCGAGUUCGAGUUCCCCCUUAGGAAAAUAUUACAAGUUUGGUACGUCAGGGUCGUCCCAAAGGUGGCAAUUCAUAACGGCCAUUCCCGUACUUGGCCCAAGCCAGUCGCGCCGAGGGAGGAGGGAGAAUGGUGGUGGGACCGGUACGAGUCCGACGAUGAUGAGGGAUGUCGGGAGUAAAGGAAAGCGUGGUGGUGAUCAUAAUAAUAAUAAUAAUAAUAAUAAUAAUGGUCAUGGAAGUUUAUUGUACAAAAUGUUGAGGUCGGUAGUGGCGACAUGUAAAGCUUGUCAUGCUAUGGAGGGUCAAGAAAAAGAGUUUGAGUUGGAUAUAGCAAAUGAUCAUGUGUUGGGACAUUAAAAACUUAGAUCUUCAUGUAGUAAUAAAGACUGGAAGUUUGUAUACAAUAUGUCACAUGCAUGUUUGAUCUCUCCUCCUUUGUAAUUUGUAAUGUCCUCGUGCCUCAUCUAGCAUUGGGGAAAAAGUAAUUUAGAAGACAAAAUGGAUUGAUACAAUAAUUUUUUUUGUUUUUCUUUUUCUAAUUUCUAAUUUCUUGGGUUGGUUUGGUUUUGGUGAAGAUGGUUUGUUAUGAUUAAGAGAAACUUUAUACUCCAUAAAUAAUAGAGAAGAAGUUUGCUUUAAGAAAUGGCUAUCUGGCUUGAUGUUUGAUUAAGUACAUUGUUGAUGGUGGCAUUGAUCACUAUAAAGGACUUAUAAUUCUAUCGCUUAUUUGUUUUUAAGUUUCUUACAAAAGAAUGGACAUAACCCAUAAACUAUCUUGCACUCUAUUAUGAAGGGAUUGCCCUGUCAGUAAACGAAUUUGGGCUGUAGGGAGACUGGGGCUGAGAACAGAAUACGAAACAAAUAUCCCUAUCUCUAGCUGAAUUUGGAACUGGCUUCACAUGUUCAGAAAGCAGGAAGACGAGGAGAAUAGCAAGGACUGUUACUUCAUUGUCACCCUCUGGUCCAUCUGGUGCAUGAGAAAUGAGAUGACUUUCAAGGGGAAAAACCUCAAUGUCAGAGAGAUGGGAAAAUCUACAAAUCAAAGGAAAGGAAUGAGAAAGAUGAAUGAGGAGGAGCCUUCUGAACCACCUAGUUUUGAAUCUAGUAAGAAUCUCGAGGAACCUCCUGGAUUUGAGACAAGAAGAGUGACAAGAAAAAAAGGAAAUGUUACGUUGGGAGUGCAAAACGGUGAAAACGAAAGGAGAAUGGAAGGGCGAUAAUGUUGGCCUCAUUCACUGUCAACUGGAAGGGGUAGACGGCAAUAGCAAUCCAACAAGAAUCUACUGUAGUAGCAAGUAGCAACUAGCAAGGAACAAAUAGGAUGGUAGGAUUAUACUAAGUAAAAUAAAUUCUAGAUUAAGAGACUUUCACUGUGUUAGUAUUUGUAUCUGAUUGGGAGUCUGGUGCUCCUCUUUCACACCUGUCAAAAAAAAUAAAAAAAUACUUUUAUUUUCACAAUUCGUUCAAAGGUUUAAU